AACAAGCGAUCAACAGACUAGAGAGAGCUGGAAAGAUGGCGGCCGGUUCUGGAGCUGCAAGCGGCCACGGAGCCCGCAGCUCCACCGCUGCUCUGGAAGCCUCUUUGGACCGUCGGUUUCAAGGAGUAUCCAACACAAUGGAGUCAAUACAGGGACUUUCGGCCUGGUGCAUUGAAAACAAAAAAUACCACAGCCUUGUCGUCCGAUACUGGAUGAAGUGGCUCAAGAAAUCGGACACCAAUCAUCGCUUGAAUCUGUUCUACCUUGCCAAUGAUGUGAUUCAAAACUGCAAACGAAAAAAUGCCAUUGCCUUCCGCUCAACCUUUGCAGAAGUCCUUCCCAAUGCUGCCCAGCUGGUCAAAGAUGGGAAGGUCCGUAAAUCAGUGGAGAGGAUCUUUUCUAUCUGGGAGGAGAGGAGUGUGUACCCUGAGGAGCUCAUCGCCCAGUUCAAAGCUGGCCUGAACAAAAAGGACCGAGAGAGAGAGCGAGAGAAAGAGAGGCAGAAGGAAAAAGAAAAAGAGAAAGGAAAGGAGUCCCCACCUAUACCAGCCCAAGCCAACCCCAAAGCUGCCCUCAAGUCCAAGAUAGUAGCUGAAUUCACACCCCAGUCAUUCAUAGAGCAGUUGACGGGAUAUAAGCGAGCAGUGGAGGAAGAGGAGUUCAGGGAGAAACAGCUGGCAGCUCUGAGGGUGGACGUCUGCAGCACAGAGGCUCUCAAGAGACUUAAAGACAAGGCCGGAGGAAACAAAUUUGCCAAGGACUUUGAGGAUGGCAGUCUGAAGCUGCAGGAGUUUGUCAGCUUCUUGGAGAAAGAGUUGAAAACGGGCCCCCCUCUGCUGGAAGCUUUAGGAAAUGCAGACAUUUUCUAUGAGAUGCAGUACAAGGAGGUCAAAAUUGUGGCCAAUGCGUACAAUGCCUUUGCCAACCGUGUGGCCAGUCUUAAAAGGAAAUUGGAUGCCCUUAAGUCAUCUCUCCCUGGACCCGAGGACUCUCCCAUCCCCUCACCCUCAGAAGACGCCCCCUCCCCUACCGGCUCUGACUCACCGUUCCUGGGAUUGGGGGCCAGCAGGGCCCAGCUGGACCCUGAACUAGAUGGCAAGGCAAUGGAUGAAGGAGAGGUGGCCAAGGACAACAGAGACCCAGAAGACAUGGAUAUGUCAGAUGAGGAGGCUGACAAUGCCAGUAUCUCAGAUGAAAAGAAAGAAAAGGCUUCCACCGUUGUUUCCAAGACAACAAAGCUGGGUGCAUUGUCAAAGCUGACACUUCCAACUACACCCACCAAAUCCUCGAAAGCCAAUGCCACCACCCCUGCCACAGCCACCCCAGUGACUCCCACCUCCACCGCUGGUCUUAGUGCUCCCACCACCCCUCUGGGAGUCAACCUGGCUAACGUGGACCUGGGAAAAAUCAGCUCCAUCCUCAGCUCGAUCACGACUGCCAUGAAGAAUACAGCAGCUAGCCCUUCAUCUCGACCAUCUCCUGGAACACCCACCACCCCCUCCGGCCAACCAGUUGCUUCCAAAGUUGCCCCACCAAGCCCAGCCCUGGCCAGCAUCCUGUCACGAGUUGACAUCACACCUGAGGGCAUACUCAAUGCUCUAUCUAAGACAAACACACCAGGAUUGUCAUCUCUGCUGCAAAGUGUGACAAACUCUUCCACUGCCCCUCCCACCCGAACAUCUCCAGAGUCGUCAGCUCCUAAGGCCCCACUCACCCCAACCACCCCCAAAAGCAAACCCAUCAUGGGGAACAGCCUCAAAAGAGAAACGCCUGGGAGAACCAGAGACUGGGAGAAAGAAAGACAGUUGUCCCCUCCACCCCCUCCUCCUCCCCGUCCCUCAGUACCCUCUGUCUCUCCCCCCAGCCUAGAAUCCAAAAUCAACAGUUUCUUACAGGGUAAUCCGGGGUUCAGUCUAGGUCUAGGUGAUGUCAGUCCCUUAGGGGGCGAUGGGGUUGAUGGGACCCCAGUGAGGGACGAGGCUGCUGCCACACCCACCCAGGAUGAGAUCAUGGACACACCUGGGAGCAUGCCAGAAUCACUGGGCUCGUCUGGAGGUCAUAACCUCUCACCCACAGCUUAUCGCAGUGACCCCUGGGAUGCUGUCAUUACCCCAACAGGAAGCAGCAACGAUGGAGACUUCCUGGCCUCAUCUUCCCGGUAUGGAACUGGGAAGAAGAGCGCCGCAAAACUGAAGGAUGAAGAGGCGAUGAAUAUGAGGAAGCAGGGUGUUGCCUCUUCCCCCCUUACUGACAUGAUGAAGGGUAAGAAAGAUGGACAGAGCAGCCAGAUGAAGGUGAUGGGGAACAGCAGAGCGCUGGCAGAAAGGCGAGCUUCUCUAGGCUCUCGUAAAGCCAGCACUGGCUCAGAAGAGGGAAGUUUGAGCGGAAAAAGAGAGGACAAGUUGAAAGGUCGAGAGGGUGGGUCUCCAGGUGGGGAGGGGGAGGAGGUCCAGUACCACCGUAUUGAAACACUAGUAUCGCCCUGCACUGAAGGAGCACCCAUCCAAACUCUAGGCUAUUCCAACCGGCCACAAGCUGGAGAGCGCAUCCAGACGGUUGAGAGCAUCCGCGUGAUUGGACGAGGCUCACGGCGAGGGGGCGGGGCUGGCAGUCGGCCAGGGGGCGCAGUGUGGUAUGAAGAGGAAGAAUACAUGGAAGCCCAGCCCCCCUCGCCCCAUGCUGUUCCCCCACCUCUUAACAUUAGUCAGGGAGGCUCGGAGGACAUGACUCCCUCCAUGCCGCCACCCCCUCACCCUCCUCCUCACCUCGUCGUGCAGCACCUUCACCCUCGUCCCCCUCCCCCUUCUCCAUCCCACACUCAUGCCCAUCCUACUCCCCAAGCUCAGUUCCAGAUGCCCUACCACGCAGAAAACAUGCAGACCCCUCCUCCAUCACACCUCCACCAGCAUCCCCCUCCUCCCUCCCCUUUCUUCACUGCUCCUCCGCCGAUCCCCCGUCCCCCUCCCCCUCCCAUAUUGCAGCGCCCUAUCCCUCCACCCAACUUCCCCAGUGCCACCAAUGCAGUCAUGGUAGGGGGGGUGCUGGUGCCUGUAGACCGACCUCUUCCCCUUCUUCCCCCAGUGAGACCAGAGGGGGCAGAGCGAGGGGCAGCUGGAGCGGGACCCAGAGGUGGCAAAGCAGCCCCUCCUCCCCUCAUGUCAUCAUUACUUGGCGAGCCCCCUAAGCUUCCCCGCCCUGGCACAGUAAAAGAGCCUUUCAUUCCCCGUCAUGCACCCCCUCUCCACCGCCCAGGUACCCCUGGUGCUCCUCCGCCAUUACUUGGCAGAGUGAAGGAGCCUCUUAACCUGCCUCCUCCAUCCCCCUCUCCCACUCCCUCCUCCUCCUCCUCUCCCUCCACUCCUUCCUCUCCCGCAGUUGACAGUGCCCCUCCUCGCCUGCCCACUCCUGCUCAGUCCCCUGCUCCAUCUCUACAGAAGCCCCCCGCCAGUCCGCCAGCUCAGCCCCGUAACCAAACCCCUAAUCCCAGCUCCUCUCCUGUCCCCCUGCUGCACUUGCCAAGCCCUCGUCCCCCAAUCCUCUCGGUCCCCAUCCCCCAGAGACCUCUGCUGCGAGGCCGAGCCCCCACUCCACACCUCAACCAAGACCACACCUUAGGGGGUUUCCGUGGGGGCAAGCGUCCUGGUCCUCCCUUCACAGGUGGUCCCUUCCAUGCAACUAAGAGACCCUUCCUACCCCCACGCUACUGAAGCGGUCAUCUACGACAUGCUGAAUGAGAAGUGCAAGCCACACAUCUAAGCUAAACCCUGAGAGUGUGUUAGCCCUGCUGGUAUGAGCCCAGUUAUCUUCACUAUGUUAAUCUAGCCUGAAUUAAAACUAGCUCAAGUUUUGUGUAAAUAGCUGAUUUAAAUCUACAUGCAAACUAGGUAGCCAACCAGUCAUCCUACACUGUACAGUGCAGUAACAGCUUAUCAGUAAAGUAGUGCAGAGUGUUGUGCAACAAGUCCUAAAUCUGCCUCCUUUCUUCCAUCUCUUCAUAUGCAGGAGGUUGGUCUUCCAAGAGUGUUAUAGCAUAGGAGGAAACCACAGAAAUAGUUUGAGUAGAAAAGAAACUGCAGGUGGUCAUUCUAUUGAAAACGUUUUUCAGUUUGCCCUCCUACAUGUUUGCUGUGAAACACAUCCUUAGAGAAUGGGAGAGAGAAAGGUGUGAGUUUUAUGGGAUGGGGAGGAUGGAGUUCCAAACUGUUAAAGAAAUUGUGAAAGUGGUCUAAUUCCAAAGCAAUCUCCUCUUUCCUGAGUGUGUGGUGUGUGUCCUGAAAUACUGUUUCCUCUUAGGUGGAUAUGGGUAAUCAAAAGACAACCACAUUCUAAGGGAUGAGAUUUCUGUUGCAGCAUAUUUUGAAUUUAACUCCAUUCCCAUCUCCCAAGUAUAUCUCACUGUACAGAAUACCCCUUUCUUUGUAGAAAUUUCCCCCACCACAGCCCUCUCUCGUUGUAUAUCUCCAAGCUUGUAAAUGUAAGGACUGGAGGAGUUGAUGCAACUAUUUCUCUUCAAGCUCUUGUUUUGUGAAUGAGAAUAAUGAUCAUCACUCACCCAUCCUGUCUUUAUUGUGAUCAAGACCUUGGAAAAGGUUUAGUCCUCGAAGAAUUUCUCCACAGUAACUGUUGCACCGGUGUGUCCUCCUUUGGAAACCACAAGACAGAGGAGGAGAGUGAAGAUAAUUCGUUGUAGCCUCCAACACAACAAAUGAGUGUAUGUGUGCGUGUGUAUGCGCGUUUAAAGUUAAAUUGAGUCAUGAAGAUACUCAGUAGUUGAUGGCGGGGGACAUUUCAGUUUGAACCACACUCUUGCUAGGCUUCUACAUGUACUGACUUGAAUAAAAUCCAGAGUUUCAACUCAACUGGGGUGGGGGGGUACUUUAUUUGGUCACAGAUUAACCAUUAAAUUAUAUAAAUUACAUUAUUAGUUUUUUUGCGCUGUUCAGUUAAUUUCGUUCAUGUUUGAGAGAAUUUUUUUCUUUUUAUAGCUGCACAGCUGCUGUUAUUUUUCAUUAAUGCAUUACAUUUUUGCGCUGUAUUUUUAUGCCAGAUAAUUACUGGGAAUUUUCCACACAUAGCCUCACCCACAUCAGAUGCUGUCAAGAGAUGAAGAGGUGUGAGAUAAAUGGGACUGUUACUUAAUAUUCCAGUUGUCCCCCCUCCCCAUUGCUUUUUUAUUUUUAUUCUUUUUUUUCUGAUGUUGCAUCAUUUCUUCACUCAUUUCAUGCUUUUGCCCUUGAGCCCCUUUGCCCACAUGGCUCUGUCCAGACACAUUUCCUGACCUCUCAGCUCUUGUGGAAACUGAUAAGACAGGACAAAACACAAUGGUAAUAAUCCCAGCGCUUUUCUGCAGGAAUUAUUGCUGUAGUGCUUCUGUCUGUCCAAAGCCUUGUUCCUAAGCAGCAGGAGGUACAGGAUCAUUGAUGCUGGUCAGAGCCUGAACUUUGCUAUCUUUGACCGUGGUAUGUGUGUUGUCCACGGUAUACGCUGGGUCUUACCGAGUUGAGUUGAAAAAGCAUUCAUCAAGAGGUAUUUAGUCUCUGGAAACAUUCCUUUGUGAAUUUGUUAACAGAUGCCUACAUUGUAAAAAUGUAACCGCAAACAAAUUUCUUUCUUCCUUUUAAAUAUUUUUGCAAAACUGCUGCUGCUUUCCGUAAAAAUGUGUAUCUGUAAUUUAUCUGCAGUCAGGCAUUAGAACAGGUAACCAUUAACCCACAUUAGUUUAUGUUCACAUUGGACAGAAAAAAAGCUAGACUAGAUGAAGAGUUCUCAGUGCACACUUUUUUGUUGCCCCGUCAAAGGUAGAUGUAGUUUGCGGUGCUUCUGUAAAUAAUCUCACUGUUUUCUUGUACUCUUGAGCUCAAGAGGAUUUUUGUUUGACAACUUGAGUUUGAUAAUGCUGAAGAUGUGAGAAAGCUGAAGGCAUGUGUAAAUCAUUUUGAUAAGUUGCAAUGCAAUCACUGCUAUCCUCAUCAAUGAUGCUUUAUCACUGGUUUGUGAGUGUCCAAUCCUUUCAGGUGUGAUGUCUCUGGAAGCUCUGAACUUUGCACACAUUCUGCCUUUUUUGUUUUAUUUUUAUUUUAUUUCCCCCCCCCCCCACAGUCAAAAUAUGCAACAGUCUUUCAGUAUGUCUUCCAACACUAUAAAUGUCUUUUGAUUUUAUUUAUUUUCAAAUGAGGCUUAUAUUACCACAUUAUUACAAGGGAGAGUAAACUGUUUAGUCUACUAAUUCUCAGUGCUUUGCUGGGUUCACCCCUCAGAACACAGUUGAAAUUUCAUCACUUCUAAAAUGCUCCAGGUUAUUUGAUGCAUUUGUCUAUGGAAUGACUUGCAUCCACUUUCCAUACAUAUAAUGUCAUUGUGUUCAUAAUUGCACCAUUGACUGUAAGUAGUGGGUGCUUUUCUGAAUUUAACAAGGGUGGUAAACCGCUGUUUUCUACAACUUGUUCCCCUAAAAAGGCCACAGCUCAUUUCCUUCUCACAUCACCUCCUGACGUUUGGAGUGAUUUGUUGUUUGCCAAAUACUUGCACACUAUUGCACACUGUUGUUGCAACAAUACAUUAGUGAUGUGUUAGUUACUGUCAACACUACUGAUUUUGCUUUUGCAUUGUCCAGCUACUUUGUCAAAUACAUGGACUGUGUUUGAAGAAUUCACUUGAUACAACACAACCCAGAUACUGCUUAAUUGACCCAGUCCCAUUGCAUCAUUUCAGUCCCCACAAUGAGGGAAUAAUAACACUAUUGCUAAGGGCUGUGCAGUCACACUUUGGCUCUUUAUAGAGUAUAUGUCAUCCACAAAUGAUCUCCAGUGCACUCUGGGCCAGUUAGUACAUUCAUGAGUAAUAUAAAUAAUACUCUCUUUAUUAUUAAUAUGACACAAUUAUAUUGUUGCACUCAUGGUAUAUUGCAUCACCAUGAUGACCUCUUUUUAGCUACAGUGGACGUUUUAAUUGAAAGCAAAUGUUUCGUUUUUGGCCAUAUGUCGGUAGUCUUUAAUUGUGAAAACUGAAAUCAUGAUUAACAAUUGUGCAGCCUCGCUGUUAGCUCCUUGGUGCUGAAUGCAUACAUCUCCUUAAGUAGAGGAAAAUCUAAGUCUAAAGUAACCUGCUGUCCUUUUUUAGGCAGUAAAAAUGGGGGAAGAGGCAAACAAAACUUAUUGCUUCCAAAAAACAAGUAAUUGGCCGACAUGCCAAGCCUCUGUCCACUACAUCUAAUAUGGUAUUACAUUUCAGCACAGAUUUAGAAGGAUUUGGAGAGGUGUAUGUGUGUGGGCAAAUUCUGGAGACAAUCCUAUUUUUUAGAAUCCAUAUAAGAGUGAAAAUGGGAAAUGGCCCAUCCUGCUAGAGUUAAUUAAUGUCAGUAACUGACGAGUGAGAUAAACCCCUCCUUAAACGAUUCACCAGCUGCAUGAAUGCACAAGUAUCCAUAGUAGUUGUUGUUUAAGAAAAUUUAACUGAUAAUGAAUUUUGUCCUUAUACCAAUUUAAAGUGAUGUAACUGAGCAGCCCCAAGUCAUCUUACAUGUACUGUAGCGCCCUCCAGUGGCAGUUAAUUGUACCUCAGCUCCUCACGUCCCUUAAAUGGAGUGCGUCUAUACACUUGUUU